UGCAAGGUCAGGUCAGGGCCAAAAUUAGUUCACGGGGCGGGAUUGCACCCAGAGCGCGGCUUCCCAUUGGCCGCGGCGCUCCUCUGCGCGUGACCUCGGGGCAGGCGGAAGUGCAGGAGCAGUGCUUGAGGCAGCAUGGAGGCUGUGGGGGAGAGAGGUAACCUGGCUCGGGUUGGACACAUCCUUCUGGUGCUCUCAGGAAAAGGAGGCGUGGGAAAAAGCACUGUCUCCACAGAGCUGGCUUUGGCUUUACGGCACGCUGGGAAGAAGGUGGGGAUUCUGGAUGUGGACCUAUGUGGCCCCAGCAUCCCUCAAAUGCUCAAAGUCCAGGGCAAGGGCGUGCACCAGUGUGACAGUGGCUGGGUGCCUGUCUUCGUCGACCAGGACAAAAGCAUCUCUCUCAUGUCGAUUGGCUUCUUGCUGGAGAAGCCAGACGAUGCUGUGGUUUGGAGAGGACCCAAGAAAAACGCUUUGAUAAAGCAGUUUAUCUCCGACGUGACCUGGGGAGAUCUCGACUUCCUCAUUGUGGAUACACCUCCGGGGACCUCGGAUGAGCACAUCUCUACAGUAGAAUCCCUUCGCCCAUAUAAGCCUCUCGGGGCAGUCCUGGUCACGACGCCACAGGCGGUGUCUAUAGGGGAUGUCAGGCGAGAGCUGAUGUUCUGUAAGAAGACAGGAUUGCGAGUGAUCGGGAUUGUAGAGAACAUGAGUGGUUUCGUCUGCCCGCACUGUUUGGAGUGCACAAACCUCUUUUCCAAAGGGGGUGGUGAAGAGCUGGCCAGGCAUGCUGGAGUCCCAUUCCUAGGGUGUGUUCCCCUUGAUCCCCAGCUCACUCAGAGCUUGGAGGAAGGCAGAGAUUUCAUCCAGGAGUUUCCCAAGAGCUCUGCCUUCCCUGCCCUUGCUCACAUCGCCCAGCAGAUCUUGGACAGGACAUUCUGAGCGUGUUUCUAAGGCUGGACUCUCGUUGGCCACAUCUUUGCAGCGCUGUCAGCCGUGCUCCAAGCCGAUGGGAAAUGUCAAAGCUAUUUUAAAGCAUUUUGCAGGGGAAGGGUGUCCUUAGGACCAGUUUGCAGAGAUCUGGGAAAGGGAAGUGACACUGUCACUACUAAAGCCUUGAAGAGACCUUACUAGAGCUUGCCAUUGCUCUCUAAGGGGGAGUGUGCAUUUGCAACACCAUUUGCCUUCUGAACAGUUGAGCACUAUGGCUGUCCUGGAAUUGGCUAUGGGGGCACGGGUGGUGCAGCUUUUUCUAGUCACACAGAGAAUGUUUAAUCUGCCCAUGAACUCCUGCUACGUUAGUACAUGGCGAAGAUGGCUCCCCUCAUGCUGUGGUGCUCCUGCUCAUUUCUGCAGUAUUCUUGGCGCUGUCAAUUGUGUGUAGCCAUUGGUCUCUGCGGCAAAUACUGGGGUAGUGAUCCAGGACAGGAAACCCUUCCCUUAUUGAACUGAAUAGCACCAGUAAUCUCCACCCCCAACUCCUGCUGCUGCUACCUUCCCCCAAUUGCUUCUGUAGUGCUGCACACAUGGUACUUCCUAGUUCGCAGUGACUGCUGUCGGCUUCAUGCCAGAUCCUCUGACCCUAGAUCCUAGCUGAGCCAUCUCACUCUGAAGCCAUAAGUAUUUGGUACAGAAUAUGCCUAUGAAGGCAUGUGUGAUGACAUCAAGUCUCUACAGGAGCUCUGAAGUCUGUUUACUGAGUCUGUAUCUUAUCAUGCCUAACCUAAGGAACACACCUUCUUUUGGCUCCCUGAAAGGUGUCAGGGUUCAGGAAUAUUUGUAAAGGCUACAGACAUUAAAUAAUGUGUUCUUACCAUC